AAAGCUCAGAGUCGGAGGCAUGUCCUGAGUUGGAUCUUCGUAUCUUUGGGCUCAUCAAUAUCAGUUGACUCUCGGAGUUGGUUCUCAUGCUUUGCCCACAAGGGCUCAGUGGGGGAUGCCGUGAUCGUCCUCUCGGAGACAGAAGCUCUUUUCGCAAGUUUUGAAACAGGCUUCCUUGAGCUUGAGAGCCUCCUUUCCUUGUCAGAUGAUGACACACUGAUAAACUCAUCUGAUCCAGCCCCACCCUCAUCCUCGCUACACGAAGCCCAUUCACUACCCGAUUCUGAUGUCUCUCGGAGAUUGCUUUUCUUGCAGCUCUUUGCCCUAAUCCACGGGAGGAGAAACGGGCGGGUCUUGCUGGCUGCUACCGUGACAUUCCGGGUUCAAGGCGAGAAACCGUUUGAUGUAUCGGAGGAUUCUGCUUAUCGACGAGAAAGCUGGACGCUGCCGAGGGUCACCAUGCCAGCAUCUUUUUGUCAGGUGGCUAUCCUCAAACGAUGGGUUCAGCUCUCCGUGGUAUAUUCUCUUGGAGUGGAGAUAUUCCAUACCCCGAGCUAUCUGAAGCAUGAGAUCAACCGCGACAGGGAGGGACAGAGUGUUCUUCUUCCUCGGACCACAUACCUCUUUGAUGUGCGUCCCGAGGGUUUUACUCAUCAGUUCCAUGACCAAGAAACACUCUUUCUUUUCCUCGUCCGCGAAUCCGCAGAGAAUCCACCUGUCCUCUCUCCAAGCACUCUCAUACCGACUGCAGAAAUCCGCGGUCACCAGAUACUCUCUCCCGAACUUCCAGGUAAACAUCUGAGAGUCGUUCCACUGCUUCAUGUACUUGUUAGAAUGCACCAGCCUCUUCUUGUUCAUCUCUUCUUCAUCCCACCCUGUGACCUCACUCGCCAUCUCAAUUGCCUCGAUGAUGGUCGGUACACAAGAGAGCAGGUUAUGGAUGUGAUGCUCUGUGCAAUCUCUACUGUGUUG